AUGUGUAAGAACUUGAUCAAGAAUGGAGCUCUUACCUCGCCACUUAUUGUCUAUAACCGGACGAAUGCACGUGCUACCGCCUUUUCUGAAAAAUUCGAGCACGUUAAGGCCGUUAGCUCAGUAGCGGAAGCCAUUCAGCCAGCUGAUAUUAUUUUUAGCUGCCUUGGGGAUGAUGCUGCUGUUGAAGAAUUUACCAAAACUGCUCUCCAGAGCAACGACGUGAAAGGUAAACUCUUCGUCGAUUGCUCUACCAUUCAUCCAGACACCACUCGCAGGGUUAGCGAGAUACUCGAGUUACACGGCGCCUCCUUUGUUGCUUGCCCUGUGUUUGGUACCCCAGUAAUGGCAGAUGCUGGACAGCUUGUCACUAUUCUAUCAGGCUCAAAAGAAAACAUCGAUAGGAUGAAAAAGUAUACAAUUGGUGUUAUUAGCCGCGCAAAUAUCGACCUGGGUGACGCUAAUGUUGGAGGAGCGUCUAUGUUCAAGCUUUUAGGAAACUCAUUCAUCCUUUCCUUUGUGGAAACUAUAGGAGAAGGUAUGGUAUUAUGCGAGAAACUAGGCUUAGACCAGGAUCAAUUGAAGCAUUGGAUAAAUUUGAUGUUUCCAGGCCCGCUCUCAAUGUUUGCAGAACGCAUGAAAUCGGGCGACUAUUACCAACGAGAAUAUCCUCUUAUGGCCGUCGAUCUGGCUCGUAAAGAUGCGCAGCAUAUUAUCAAUCUAGCUAAUAGCGUCGCUGUUCCAGUGAAGAGUGUUGAAAUAGCAGAUUAUUAUCUAGGGAGAGUGAGAGAAUACAUGGGACCCAACGGUGAUAUGGCAAGCAUCUAUGGGGCGGUUCGCCAGGCAUCUGGUCUAAAAUUCGAGAACCAGUAG